UUUCUUUUGCAACGUCAAGAGCAGCGUGUGUUUCUUGAUUCUGUUUUCAGAAAUAGUUAUCAAAGCUGUGUGAUUUUGUGUCGCAUUUUUAAUCAACAAAAAAGAAAAAAGAAAAUUACAGUGUAAUAACGAAAUAAUGGAACCCGCAAAAAUGGCAAAAAAAUGUGAUCUUACUUCAAAAAUAUGUCAGUAUUUGGAUCGGCAUUUAACAUUUCCACUGCUUGAGUUUUUGUGUGAAAAAGAGACCGAAGAUCAAAAGGCAUUAUGGCAACAAAUCCUCGAUAUAGUCAACAAGACCAAUUUAAUCGAUUAUACCAUGGAUAUUCGCAAGCGUUUGCAGUUGGGCGAUGACAUGCCACAAGAAUUGGCUGAUCGUAAAGCAAAUGUUUAUGCUACUCUUGUUAAAUUACAAGAGGAAGUGUCCCAAAUUACCGAAAUUACGGAAAUUUUGAAGGAUGCGGACAACAUUAAGGAUUCAAAAACAUUUGUUGAAGAAAUCAAAAAGGAAUUCGGCUAUCAACCAGAAUGGGCCGAUAAAGCAUAUCGCAUGGGAAAAUAUUUCUACGAAUGCGGUAAAUACAUGCAAUCAAUAUCGUAUUUGUAUUUCUAUUCGUUGGUUAUGCAACCCACUGACAAGAACUACUUGAACGUAUUAUGGGGUAUUUUGGCUGCUGAAAUUUUGCAGUUGAAUUGGAAUUCAGCAUUGGAAAGUAUGAACCGUUUACGUGACUACAUCGAUAAUAGCAAUUUCAGUAACAUCGAAGCAUUGCAACAACGUACUUGGCUGAUUCACUGGAGCGUGUUUAUCUUUGUCAAUCAUCCAAAAGGUCGUGAUUUAAUUAUCGAAAUGUUUUUGUACAAACCAUUGUACUUGAAUGCCAUCCAAACGAUGUGCCCACACAUUUUACGUUAUUUGGCCGCUGCCGUUGUCAUCAAUCCGGGUCGUCGUAAUGAUAAUAUUUUUCAUCUCAUCUUUUUUUCAACCAAAAAAGCAGUAAUUUAUUGUGCACCGGUUUACGUAUACUUCGAACAACAACAACUACCAGAGCAGGAGCGAAUCUAGUGAAAUCUCGUUAUUAUUGUCGGAAAAUGGAUGCAAAAUUGGAAGCCGUACCAUUGGUUGAUAUCGAUGAUGAAGGUCGCUUCAAAUAUAUUCUGAUUAAAGUGUAUGGCAAAGAACAAGC